GAAAUCACGUGACCUUGCAGACGACCUCUUGAUUUGACAUUAACAUCGUUCGUUGUCUGGUCCUGUUUCACAAUACGUUCAAGUUGUUGACGAACGAAUUGUUCAAGUUGAUUAUUGUCACUGUUUCAUAUUUAUCUCGGGUGGACUUGGUUUAGAAUUGUUUAAGUUUUGUUGAGGAUUCUGGAUUGACUCGAGGCAUCGUCGAAAAUCCCAAUAGAUAUGAUACGAACCACAUCAAGUCUACGUAAUGGAUUGGCACGCGCGAUCAUUUAUGGUUCCAUACGAAACAAUGUGAGAUCCAUAAUCGUCCGAUGUCUUCAUAGAAAACAUCAUCAGAGGUUUCAGCUUCAUGGUACUUUGCGUUUCAUCUUGACACCAUCUUGGCAGCAACAGUUCAGGUUUUAUGCAGAUUUUCCAGAUCAUAUUAAGGUUCCGCUUCCAGCAUUAUCUCCUACUAUGGAAACAGGAACGAUAAUUAGUUGGCAAAAGAAAGAAGGUGACAAAUUGAAUGAAGGUGAUUUAUUAGCAGAGAUCGAAACAGAUAAAGCCACUAUGGCGUUUGAAACUCCUGAGGAAGGUUAUUUAGCUAAGAUUUUGAUACCUGCAGGGACAAAGAACGUACCUAUAGGCAAACUAGUUUGCAUUAUUGUACAAGAUGAAUCCAAUAUAGCUGCAUUUAAAGACUUUAAAGAUGACACAGUAGCUGUACCUUCUGUGCCAGUAACUCCUGCAGUACCUACACUACCACCGACACCCACAAUUUCACCAACUGUACCAACUGUACCAACUGUACCAACGGCAAAAGUUCCUUCCAUUAUGCCACCUGAAGAAAGAAUAUAUGCUAGUCCAUUAGCGAGAAGAUUAGCAGCUGAGAAAGGACUUAAUUUACAGGAUCUAAAAGGGACAGGAUUAUAUGGCUCUAUAACAUCCAAAGAUUUAGAACAUGUUGCAGUACAACCAAGGGUGACACCAAAGGUGACACCUACAGUUGCACCAACUGGGAUAGAUAUUCCUGUAUCGAAUAUACGUGCAAUUAUUGCUAAACGUUUGUUAGAGAGCAAACAAACAAUUCCGCAUUAUUACCUCUCAGUAGAUAUAAAAAUGGAUGCUGCAUUGGCGAUGCGAGAGCAGUUUAAUAAAUUAUUAGAAAAAGACAAGAUAAGGUUGAGUGUAAACGACAUUAUUAUCAAAGGAAUGGCAAUGGCUUGUAAAAAAGUACCAGAAGGCAACAGCGCUUGGCUAGGAAAUGUAAUUCGACAAUAUAAUAAUGUGGAUGUUAGUGUAGCAGUAAGUACAGCUACUGGUUUGAUUACGCCUAUAGUGUUCAAUGCUGACACAAAGGGUAUAGUUCAAAUCAGUAAAGAUGUAAAGGUCUUAGCUACAAAGGCAAGAGAAGGAAAAUUACAACCGCAUGAAUUUCAAGGAGGAACUAUUACUGUAUCUAAUUUGGGAAUGUUUGGAGUUAAAAACUUUUCUGCUAUAAUAAAUCCUCCACAGUCUAUCAUUCUUGCUAUAGGCACCACGGAGACUAAAUUGAUACCUGCCAAAAAUGAAAAGGGAUUUACAACUGCUCAAUGUAUGUCUGUAAUUGCCAGUUGCGAUCAUCGUAUUAUCGAUGGUGCGGUAGGUGCACAUUGGUUAGCUGCUUUUUAAAGACUUGAUGGAAAAUCCGGUGACAAUGCUUCUGUAAACUAUUACUUUAGACGGAGAUAUGAUUUGCGAUUUAAGAAGCGUUAUCACAGGUUCAAGAGAUGAUACAUCAUAUUUAUGAAUUAUUUCAUCAUUAUGAAAUUGCUUCUAUGUUUAUUCGAAUUAAAAACAUUGAUUGAUUUUAAAUUUUCAAAAUGUUAUGUCCGCUAGAAAUAGAGAUCCGAGAUCUGAGACGGAGAAAAAAUUGCCAAUCGCAUUGAUAAUUGAUUAAAAUAGCAAAUGUGAUUGAUCAAGAUUUUUUCGUUAAUUUCAUUCGUUGUGGACACAAGGCUCAAAAAAAUAUAUGAAAUAUUGUUUUUCAUUUUAAAUGUGUGGGGAUGAGAAGACAAGAAGAGAUAUUUUAACUUAGCAUAAUCAAAGUUAAUGAAUAAUUCGAAUUUGUUAUUUCAUUUGACGACAGUGGGAAAUUUCUGUAAAAGUAUUGAAUUCAUUCUAAAAAUGAAUUCAAUUAUCCAACAAGAUUGUCUCGAUUAAUGGUCAUUUGUACAUAUGUGUAUUUAUGAUAAUAAUACAACUACACUAUAUUGCAGGAAAUAUAAUGAUAUGACCAUACUCUGGAGGAAGUAACAAUGAAAUUGUUUAAAAUGUUUAUAAUAUAAUGAAAAUGUAUAUCUUUAAUAAAUUAUCUCUUA